AUGUUUCAUAUUUGUUCAUCCAGACAUCCACACUGGGAUCUGCCGAGGCUCUGUGACGCCUUGCCUCGCAUCCACUUGCGCCGAAGUGUGACAGGUGAGCAGCGCUUCGUGGAUGAAUUUGGUCGUGAGACCUUCUUCCACGGCAGCAAUGCAGUUGUCAAGGGCCCGCCAUGGAUCCCAAGCCGCGAUGGCUUUGAUCCUUUGACGUCCUUGACAGCCAAGGACUUCGAAUUGAUGAAGGCAGCUGGUUUGAAUGUUCUACGUCUAGGUGUCAUGUGGCCUGGUGUGGAACCACAACGAGGUGUUUACAAUGAAAGCUAUCUUCGUAUCGUGCGGGACAUUGUAGAGGAGGCAGCCACCUAUGGGAUCUACAUUUUGGCUGAUAUGCACCAGGACCUGCUGAGCGAAAAGUUCUGCGGCGAGGGUGUUCCCUUGUGGGCAGCACAGCCGGUGCCAGUGCCCUUUCCAGUACCGCUUUCACUCCCUUAUCUACCAGGUUGGGAUGGAUUGCCAAAGCGCGACGAUUGCUUCCGAUUUGAGUCAUGGGCUGCAUACCAAGCCUCUAUUGCAACAGUCAGCGCCUACGACCGGCUCUUCACCAACCACGAUAACCUCACGAAUGCAUGGGGGGCCUUCUGGGCCGAGGUGGCUGAGACCCUGGCAGAUGCUCCUGGAGUUUUGGGAUUGAACAUUAUCAAUGAGCCCUUCCCAGGAAAUUUCUACGAGGAUCCAUCAUUGCUGAUUCCAGAUGUGGCCGAUCGAAAGCGGCUCCAACCUGCAUAUGAUACUGUUGCUGAGCAUAUCCGAGCUGUUGCUCCAGAUGCAUUGAUCUUCUUUGCCGGAACCACCUGGGAUCGCACUGGACGCAUCACUGACAAGCUGCCGUUGGGUUUCGAACAUCCACCUGGAGGGAAUGAGUUUGCAAAUCGAUCAGUGAAUUCCUUUCACUUCUACACCCCGCCACAGUCUGCAGAACAUGCAAAGAGCUACUUCCAGCAGCGUUUGAAGGAUGCACGGCGUUUGGGUACAGGACUUUUCUUGACAGAGACAUGCUGUGACUUUUUCUUUGAGGAUGCAGCACCAGCGGUGGACAGCUUGGGACUGAGUUGGCUCCACUGGGAGUGGAAACCCUUCUGUAAGAAUUCCACGUCGUCAGAAAGUCAAGCUGGCGACUUUGGUGCUUGCAAAACCGGCUCUGGUGGCUGGCCAUUUGCAGAUGGAGUGUUCAUCGAGUCCAUGUACCGCGCACUGGCGAGGCCCUAUGCUCAAGCCAUCGCAGGCAACUUCAGCUUCGCCCACUUCGGGGAGUCUGGGCACUUUCGACUAGAAUUCUUGGCAGACCCAAAUAUCAAGAAGCCGACAGUGCUGUCCACUCCCGACAUCAUUUACCCCGCUGGAUUCAGCUUGGUUGUCAGUCCGCCUGAUGCUUGCGACAUUGAGUAUCUCACUGGCAUUGUUCAUCUUCGAAGCAAAUCAACAGUGGCCUUCGGUGAAAAGGUGAUCGUUCAGGUGUUUCCAAAGGGUCAAGAGCUGGUGGUAUAG